AUGCCUUCCCUCAACGUUGCCAUCAUUGGGGCAGGCCCCGCUGGCACCACUCUUGCACACCUACUUCUAAAAUCCGAGCAUGACAUUGCUGUCUCCAUAUUCGAGCGUGAGCCCUCUCUGGAUGUACGAGGCCAAGGUGGAUCACUUGAUCUGCAUACGGAUACUGGACUCCUUGCUCUGAAGCAAGCCGGCCUCUAUAACGAGUUCCUGAAGCACGCACGCUUUGAUGGCGAAGCCAUUGUCCUCGCCGAUAAGCACCUGAAGAGAUACAUCAAUCUCUCGGGAGGAAGCUCAGAAAACUCGAACGGACGUCCGGAGAUCGAUCGCAAAACUCUGCGUGAAUUGCUUCUCGGCGGUCUACCAAGAGAUACAGUCAAAUGGGGCCAUAAACUGCAGAAGGUCGACAUGGCGAACUCCUCGACAAACCCCAAGGACAUUGUUCUCGAGUUUGAGCACACUUCGUUGAGCGGCUUCGAUUUGAUUGUCGGAGCCGAUGGUGCCUAUUCGCGCAUAAGGCCACUCCUCUCAGACGUCAAGCCGUUCUUCUCUGGUGUCGGCUGUAUACGUCUGAAUAUUGACAAUGCAGAAAACGCCGUACCAGAGAUCCACACUGGGGUCAACCAUGGCUCUUUCUUUGCCUACAGUGAUCACAAAGGCUUGAUCGCUCAGCAGAUGGGCGAUGGCACCAUCAGUAUCUCCGCAAUGCUUACAAAAGACUCGCCAGAUUGGAUCAAACAGUUCCCCUGGAAUAGCUCAGACAUAGAAGCGAUCAAGAGCCAUCUGUUGUCCGAGUUUGCAGAUUGGAGCCCACAAUACAAGAAAUGGAUCGAGGCCUGCGACAUCUCACCAUGGAUCUCCAAUCUUGACAUGCUUCCUGUCGGCCACACGUGGACACAUCGAUCUGGUCUCACUCUAAUCGGCGAUGCUGCUCAUCUUGCUACACCGUUUGCAGGAGAAGGUGUAAAUCUUGGAAUGGCCGAUGCGAUGUAUCUUGCGAGUGCAAUAACCAAGACAGCCUCUUCUGCACCCACUGCCUCAAUAAGUACCAUGCUGUCUACCAACGUCAAGGCAUUCGAAGAGGACAUGUUUAUACGAGCAACCCGAAUGCAGGACAUGACAUACAACAUGAUGAGAUUAAUGCUUUUCGAGCGAGAUGCACCGAACAGCACUGUCGAAUCCUGGCUCUGCUGGGUGGCUGGAUCGGAUUAUCCCUCUGUCGUGGCUCCUGUCAUCUACGCAGGUAUUUAUGCAUAUUUUGCAUAUUUCCGACUGUGGCAUAAAUUCUGGGCGACAACAUGA